GCUCUCCCUUUUGCUAUAAAAGCUGGAGCCACUGCAGCAGCAUCAGUCUGGGUUCUUCUCCCGAGCCCUACAGACAUAUUCACACAGAGCCAGACAAAGCAGCCUGUCCUCGCAGCACAGCCAUGAGUACCCUCGGCUUUGACCCUUACUACUCCUCCUCCUCCUACCGCCGCUGGUAUGUGGAGGGAGCCCCCCGAGGGGUGGUGACCAGGGGGAGGUCACGCUCGGCCUACUCAAUCCACACCUCUCCCCUGUCCUCUGUGAGCUCCCGUUUGCAGUACUCCUCUCCUGGACGGGCUCUGCAUUCAUCCCCGGCUUCCUCCUCCUCCGUGGAACUGGAGCUGAGCCAGGCGGCCCAGGUGAGCUCUGAGUUCCGCACGGUAAGGACCCAGGAGAGGGCUCAGAUGCAGGAGCUCAAUGACCGCUUCGCCGGCUUCAUCGACCGCGUGCGGGAGCUAGAGCAGCAGAACCGUGCGCUGGAGGCUGAGCUGAUGCUGCUGAGGCAGAGGCAUGGGGAGCCUUCCCGUCUGAGGGCCCUGUAUGAGCAGGAGGCGCGGGCUCUGAGGGCUGCCGUGGAGGAGGCGCGUGGGGAGCAGCAGGCCGCCCUGGGGCAGAGGGAACGUCUGGGGCAAGCCCUGAGCGCCCUGCAGGCCCGCUACGAGGAGGAGGUGGUGGCUCGCGAGGACGCGGAGGGAAGGCUGCUGGAUGCGCGGCGUGGUGCCGACCAGGCCACCCUGGCCAGGACCGAGCUGGAGAAGAGGGUGGAAACCCUGCUGGACGAGCUGGCCUUCCUCAAGAGGCUCCACGAGGGGGAGGUGGUGGAGCUCCAGGCCCAGGCCCAGCUGGGGGCCCAGGUGGCUGUGGAGAUGGAGGCAACCACGCCGGACCUGUCCGGGGCUCUGAGGGACAUCCGAGCCCAGUACGAGAGGCUGGCAGCCAAGAACAUGCAGUCUGCUGAGGAGUGGUUCCGUGGGAAGGUGGGCUCCCUGACGGAGAGCGUGGCCCAGCACAGCGAUGCAGUGAGGAGCUCCAGGGACGAGGCUGGGGAGUACCGCCGGCAGCUCCAGUCCCGCCUGCUGGAGAUCGAUGCCUGCAGGGGUCUCAAUGAGUCUCUGGAGAAACAGUUGCAUGACAUGGAGGACAAGCAGAGUGCUGAGAUCAAUGGCAUGCAGGAUACUAUUGGCCAGCUGGAGAAUGAGCUGGGAGCCACAAAGCAGGAGAUGGCUCGCUACCUGAAGGAUUACCAGGACCUGCUGAAUGUUAAGAUGGCCCUUGACAUCGAGAUCGCUGCGUACAGGAAGCUGCUGGAGGGGGAGGAGUCUCGUUUCAGUGGGGGCGUGUCCGGGGGUAUGUCCAGUGUCUACGGCCACACCCUGUCGGCCACACCCUCCUUUGGCCGCUCUAUGUUCUCCAUGCAGGCCAGCCUAAGCUCUGGCGCCCCCUACCUGAUGACUUCACGCUUCCUCAGCUCCUCAUUCACCUCUGGAGAUGACGUCAUCUCUGCCAGCCUGGCCCAGCAGGACUCUGCCAGCCUACCACAGGAGGAGAAAGAGGAGAAGGAGGAGGAGGAAGAGGAGGAGAAGGAGGAGGAGGAAGAGAAGGAAGAGGAGGGAGAGGAGAAGGAGGAAGAGGGUGGAGAGGAGAAGGAGGAAGAGGGUGGAGAGGAGAAGGAGGAAAAGGGAGAGGAGAAGGAGGAAGAUGGAGAUGAGGGAGGCGAGGUGGAGAAGGAAGAUGGGGAGGAUGCUAAGGACGGAGAAGAAGCUGGGGAUGAGGUGGAAGAGAAGGAAGAAACUGCAAAGGAGGACGGAGAGAAAAAGGAAGAUAAGGACAAGGGUGGGGAGCAGGAGGGAAAGGAAGGCGAGGAAGAGGAGGGGGGAAAGAAAGAGGGGGGAGAUGAUAAAGAAGGGGGUGAUAAAGAGGAAGAGGAUCAAGCUGAAGCUAAAAGUGAGGAGAAAAAAGAUGACAAAGCAGACACCAAAGAAGAGAAAGAUGAACCAGAGAUAUCCAAGACCGUGGGAAAGAGUGAAAAACCUGCCGAAGAGAAGAAAGACCAAUCUGAAAAACCAAAGGCUAAAAAGUAAGUUUGUGGCCCAAGACUCCACAAGCCAGAAGACAGUCUAAUAAAACCCCCAGCUCGACAAACAGCAGAAAUACACAAGAUUAAUGACUUCAGUGUGCUUGUUAACAAGGUGCUCAAUACAAUACAUAUUUUAGUGCACUACUGCAUAAAAUCACUGCUUGCAAAGAUCAUAAAAAGUCAAUUGAAGUCUGGUCACACAAUUCCUUGAGUGUGUGUGUGUAAGAAUGUGUGUGCUGUGCCUGUGCGCAAGUCUGCGAGAGUGUGGUUUCGGAUGACUGAAUAAAUACUAUUCAAAUA